GGCCCGAACCUGAUCAUUAAUCAGCCCGACGAGCUGCUGGAGAGCAUGUCCGACUGGUGCAAGGAGCACCACGGGAAGUCUGGCCUUACUAAGGCUGUGAAGGAGAGUAAGAUUUCCCUGCAGCAGGCGGAGUACGAGUUCCUGUCCUUCGUGCGGCAGCAGACCCCCCCGGGCGUCUGUCCCCUCGCAGGUAACUCUGUUCACGCAGAUAAGAAAUUUCUUGACAAAUACAUGCCACAGUUCAUGAGGCAUCUUCAUUACCGGAUCAUCGACGUGAGCACUGUCAAAGAACUUUGCAGACGCUGGUAUCCAGAAGAAUACGAGUUUGCACCAAAGAAGGCGGCUUCUCACAGAGCACUGGAUGACAUCAGGGAAAGCAUCAAAGAACUUCAGUUCUACAGAGAUAGCAUCUUCAAGAGGAAAACGGAUGAAAAGAAAAGGAAGCUGAUAGAGAACGGGGAAAGCGAGAGGAGCGCCAGUUGAUCGCUCACCUUGCCCUGCAGCCCGUAGCACAUGCUUAGAAGCAUCUCCCGGUUCUUUUCUGUUUGCCAGCCUCUUGAGAAGCUGCACCUUUUCCUUACCUUAUUUCUUAUCAGCU